UUCAAAAAGGGAACUGCCUCCUCACCUCGCCCUCCAACAUAGUCUUUCAGGAAGUUGCAAUAUAUAUAUGUAAUUCGCACUGCAGGGUUUACAACCUUCCAGGAUCGACAGCGCUGUUUCUCCUUGCUUGUGGCGUUGUGGAGCUGCGGUGUGCAGUCCCAGGCUCAGCUGCAACUGCUGAAAAGCAGCAUUGUGUGUGUGUGUUUGUUCCACCAGGACGCUGUUUGCUUCUCUCCUACCGGAACGCACAUUAAAGUGACAAGCAAGCAGACUUCCCUGACAGUUCCUUGGGCUUGGAUUUCUCCUUCUCCAGAGGUACCUGGACUGGAUCCAGAGGCCUAACUUGGAAGAGUGGAGAUGGCUACUAAGACCCUACAGAUGAUGGCAAAAGGUCCGUCGGUGGACCUGGCUCUGAAGCCACUGAUGAAGUGCAAGCUCUGCCUUUGUGACUACACUCUCGAUAAAAUGACCACUCUGAAUCAGUGCAGCUGUUGCUUCUGUACCACGUGCUUGACACAAUAUGUCGAACUGAUGAUCAGGGAAGGCUGUGGAUCUCCGGUCACUUGUCCAGAACUGGGAUGCCCGAAGAAUGGUGACUUUCAGGAUACAGAGAUUGCUCGUUUGGUUCCAGCUGACCUGCUUCAGUUGUACCAGCAACUGAAAUUUGAUCGAGAGAUCCACCUGGACCCCACCAGGACAAGGUGCCCCAAGGUUCAGUGCCAGGCUGUGUGCCAGAUUGAAGAGGGUGAUUCUCGCCAGGCUGCAUCAGUUCAAUGCCCGUCUUGUCACCUACAGUUUUGCUCCAUCUGCAAGGAGAGUUGGCAUGCAGACCAAGCUUGUCAAGACAGCCAGCCCUUCAAGCCCUCAAAAGGAACUGAUGAUGGUGUUCUUAAUAACGAAGACACAGACGCUCCCAUCAAACAGUGUCCUGUAUGCCAUAUUCUCAUCGAACGAAACCAAGGCUGUGCCCAAAUGAUGUGCAAAAACUGCAAGCACACUUUUUGCUGGUACUGCCUUCACGAUUUGGACAAUGAUAUUUUCCUGAGGCACUAUGACAAAGGACCAUGCCGCAAUAAACUUGGCCACUCCAGGGCUUCAGUCAUUUGGAACAGAACUCAGGUUGUAGGAAUCCUCUUUGGAAUAGGUCUGAUUGUACUGGUGACAUCCCCACUGCUGAUCCUGGCCUCUCCCUGCAUCCUGUGCUGCAUCUGCAAAUCGUGCAGGAGCAAGAGGAAACGCAACCGCCCGCCGUCGGCCUAAGCUGGGAAACCUGCUGCCUGAUCCCGUCUUCCUCCGGCGCGCGGGGUUCCUCGCUACACCUGGUCGUUCUCUUGCAGACCGCUGGAUCAGUGCAAUGGAAGAACGUGCCAUGGGAGGGAUUAGUGGGGACAGAGGCAAAGGUUGCUUCCUGCAUAGUAACCGAUCCACGCAAGCACGACCAAAAAUGGAAUCGUGUAGCAGGCAACUGCAGAUGCUGGUUUACACCGAAGGUAAACACAACAUGCUGGAGUAACUCAGCGAGGCAGGCCGCAUCUCUGGAUAGAAGGAACGGGUGAAGUUUAGGGUCGAGGCCCCU